AUGGUUUUAUUAAAGGCCAUCUCCCUGGGAGAACUGGUCUACCUGGGUGGCGGUGUGGACCUGUUCCGGGCAGACGGCCAAGCUCUGGACGCCAGCAGCCCCGUCCUGCUGGACGAGCUGAGCUUUGGGUACCAGUACAAGGCCCAGGACUGUGUCCCCCGGUGGGUGUGGAGUGUGGAGUGGAUCCUCAAUGUCUUCCAAGCAACUGAAUUGAUCCAGGAGCUCUGCACAGAGAUAGAAGGUGCAAAUAUGAAUGAACACGCCCUCACCUGCACGCACAGGAUCCACACCCCAUUUCGGAGGCUGAAGGUAUCAGGUACUUGGUUUCGCAGCCUUCUCUGCAGCAAGGACAUAGAGUCCACGCGGUGGCUCCGAGCUCCCAGGCCGGGGUCGAGAGCACGCGGCGUGCGUGGCCCGGGGGAGCCGGCGGGCGGCACGGCUCGGUACAAGGGCACCAUAUGCGCGGGCCGGCCCGCCCUGCACCCGCUCAACCAGCGCGAGAAGCAGAAAGAGCACAUGGGGGUCCUGAAACAGCGCAUCGCCGAGGAGACCAUCAGCAAGCGCAAGGUGGGCUGGAAGUUCGCGCCCACUUGCGACGCGGUGGAGGCCGAGCUGAAGCGGAGCACCGCGGGGCAGCACGACGUGAAGGCGCGGCUGGAGGCCCUGGCGCGCCAGCGCGAGAUGCAGCGGGCGCAGCGCGAACGGCGGGAGCGCCAGCGGCAGCAGCGGCGCCGGAUCUGCGGUCUGUCCUUCUCGCCCGACGACGGCGACGAGGACCCCGAGGGGGGCGACCCCGAGGGCAAGGACGCGGCCGUGGACACGAGCUUCCUGCCGGACCGCGAGCGCGAGGAGGUGGAGGCGACGUCCAGCUCCUGGGCCGGCUGCGGGCACCGGCGCGCCGCGCGCAUCCACAGGGGCGGCGCCGUGCGGCAGGUCCUCCGCGAGGCGCUGAUGGCGCGGCGCCCCGCCUUCCGCGAGCUGCGCGCGGCCGGCGCGGAGCGGCUGCUGGUGGCGCCGGCGCGCGGCAAGAGCGGGCGGCGCUUCACCUUCGACGUGCACCACGACGUGCGGCUGCGCAGCGACGCCCCGCCUGGAGAAGGAGGAGUCGCCCGCGGACAAGGCGGCGCCGCGCAGCCGUCGCGGGAAGAACCAGCGCCUCUUCCCCGCCCGCCGCCGGGAGCCCUACGACCCCGAGAAGCUCUGGGGCGGCUGCAGGGUCCGGUGGCGCCAAGUCCGCGCCCCCGCCAGCGCGCUCCGGUGGCCUUGGCCUCUGCCCUGGAAUUCAGUCAAGUCCGACCGCGGCUUGGCGCGGUGCGGAUGUGGUCCUUCUGUGGCUGGCGUUCUUCUCGGUCGUUGGGUGGGUUUCGGAGUGCUUCUAAGGUUGCCUGGCUCUGCUGGGCCGGGUGGAAGCCUCGCCGGGCGCGCGGUGGACGGCAGUGA